AUGUAUAGCCAUGUAUUGCCAUGUAUAGCCAUGUAUUGCCAUGUAUUGCCAUGUAUAGCCAUGUAUUGCCAUGUAUACCCAUGUAUAGCCAUGUAUUGCCAUGUAUUACCAUGUAUCACCAUGUAUUACCAUGUAUUGCCAUGUAUUACCAUGUAUCACCAUGUAUUACCAUGUAUAGCCAUGUAUAGCCAUGUAUUGCCAUGUAUAGCCAUGCAUUUCCAUGUAUUGCCAUGUAUAGCCAUGUAUUGCCAUGUAUACCCAUGUAUAGCCAUGUAUUGCCAUGUAUUGCCAUGUAUACCCAUGUAUAGCCAUGUAUACCCAUGUAUAGCCAUGUAUUGCCAUGUAUUACCAUGUAUUGCCAUGUAUUACCAUGUAUCACCAUGUAUUACCAUGUAUAGCCAUGUAUAGCCAUGUAUUGCCAUGUAUAGCCAUGUAUUGCCAUGUAUAGCCAUGUAUAGCCAUGUAUUACCAUGUAUACCCAUGUAUAGCCAUGUAUUGCCAUGUAUUACCAUGUAUCACCAUGUAUUACCAUGUAUAGCCAUGUAUAGCCAUGUAUUGCCAUGUAUAGCCAUGUAUUGCCAUGUAUACCCAUGUAUAGCCAUGUAUACUCAUGUAUAGCCAUGUAUUGCCAUGUAUUACCAUGUAUAGCCAUGUAUUACCAUGUAUCACCAUGUAUUACCAUGUAUAGCCAUGUAUAGCCAUGUAUUGCCAUGUAUUGCCAUGUAUUGCUACGUAUACCCAUGUAUAGCCAUGUAUACCCAUGUAUAGCCAUGUAUUGCCAUGUAUUACUAUGUAUUGCCAUGUAUAGCCAUGUAUCACCAUGUAUUACCAUGUAAAGCCGUGUAUUGCCAUGUAUAGCCAUGUAUAGCCAUGUAUUGCCAUGUAUAGCCAUGUAUUGCCAUGUAUACCCAUGUAUAUACAUGUAUUGCCAUGUAUUGCCAUGUAUACCCAUGUAUUGCCAUGUAUACCCAUGUAUAGCCAUGUAUACCCCUGUAUAGCCAUGUAUUGCCAUGUAUUGCCAUGUAUACCCAUGUAAUGUCAUGUAUAGCCAUGUAUAGCCAUGUAUUGCCAUGUAUAGCCAUGUAUUACCACGUAUACCCAUGUAUAGCCAUGUAUAACCAUGUAUUGCCAUGUAUACCCAUGUAUAGCCAUGUAUACCCAUAUAUAACCAUGUAUUGCCAUGUAUUACUAUGUAUUGCCAUGUAUUACCAUGUAUCAUCAUGUAUUACCAUGUAUAGCCAUGUAUAGCCAUGUAUAGCCAUGUAUAGCCAUGUAUAGCCAUGUAUUACCAUGUAUCACCAUGUAUUACCAUGUAUUGCCAUAUAUAGCCAUGUAUAGCCAUGUAUUGCCAUGUAUUGCCAUGUAUUGCCAUGUAUACCCAUGUAUAGCCAUGUAUACCCAUGUAUACCCAUGUAUAGCCAUGUAUACCCAUGUACUGCCAUGUAUUACCAUGUAUCAGCAUGUAUUACCAUGUAUAGCCAUGUAUAGCCAUGUAUUGCCAUGUAUUGCCAUGUAUAGCCAUGUAUUGCCAUGUAUACCCAUGUAUAGCCAUGUAUAUCCAUGUAUAGCCAUGUAUUGCCAUGUAUUGCCAUGUAUAGCCAUGUAUUGCCAUGUAUACCCAUGUAUAGCCAUGUAUACCUCUGUAUAGCCAUGUAUUGCCAUGUAUUACCAUGUAUUGCCAUGUAUUACCAUGUAUUGCCAUAUAUUACCAUGCAUAGCCAUUUAUAGCCAUGUACUGCCAUGUAUAGCCAUGUAUUACCAGGUAUAGCCAUGUAUAGCCAUGUAUACCCAUGUAUAGCCAUGUUUACCCAUGUAUAGCCAUGUAUACCCAUGUAAUGCCAUGUAUUGCCAUGUAUACCCAUGUAUAGCCAUGUAUACGUAUGUAUAGCUAUGUAUACCCAUGUAAUGCCAUGUAUUGCCAUGUAUACCCAUGCAUAGCCAUGUAUUGCCAUGUAUAGCCAUGUAUUGCCAUGUAUAACCAUGUAUUGCCAUGUAUACCCAUGUAUAGCCAUUUAUACCCAUGUAUAGCCAUGUAUUGGCAUGUAUUACCAUGUAUUGCCAUGUAUUACCAUGUAUUGCCAUGUAUUACCCUGUAUUGCCAUAUAUUACCAUGUAUAGCCAUGUAAUGCCAUGUAUUGCCAUGUAUACCCAUGUAUAGUCAGGUAUUACUAGCUAUAGCCUUGUAUUGCCAUGUAUACCCAUGUAUAGCCAUGUAUACCCAUGUAUAGCCAUGUAUUGCCAUGUAUAGCCAUGUAUUGCCAUGUAUACCCAUGUAUUGCCGUGUAUUACCAUGUAUAGCCAUGUAUACCCAUGUAUACCCAUGUAUAGCCAUGUAUUGCCAUGUAUAGCCAUGUAUAGCCAUGUAUACCUAUGUAAUGCCAUGUAUUGCCAUGUAUUACCAUGUAUAGCCAUGUAUUGCCAUGUAUUACCAUGUAUUGCCAUGUAUUACCAUGUAUCGCCAUGUAUUACCACGUAAUGCCAUGUAUAACCAUGUAUAGCCAUGUAUAGCCAUGUAUAGCCAUGUAUUACCAUGUAUCACCAUGUAUUACCAUGUAUUGCCAUGUAUCGCCAUGUAUUACCAUGUAAUGCCUUGUAUUGCCAUGUAUUACCAUGUAUAGCCAUGUUUACCCAUGUAAUGCCAUGUAUUGCCAUGUAUUACCAUGUAUUGCCAUGUAUUGCCAUGUAUAGCCAUGUAUACCCAUGUAUACCCAUGUAUAGCCAUGUAUUGCCAUGUAUAGCCAUGUAUACCUAUGUAAUGCCAUGUAUUGCCUUGUAUUACCAUGUAUAGCCAUGUAUUGCCAUGUAUUACCAUGUAUUGCCAUGUAUUACCAUGUAUCGCCAUGUAUUACCAUGUAAUGCCAUGUAUUGCCAUGUAUUGCCAUGUAUAGCCAUGUUUACCCAUGUAAUGCCAUGUAUUGCCAUGUAUUACCAUGUAUAGCUAUAUAUAGCCAUGUAUUGCCAUGUAUUACCAUGUAUAUUGACAUGUAUUACCAUGUAUAGCCAUGCAUUACCAUGUAUACCCAUGUAUUGCCAUGUAUCACCAUGUAGAGCCAUGAAUACCCAUGUAUUGCGAUGUAUUGCCAUGUAUUACCAUGUAUAGCCAUGUAUAGCCAUUUAUUGCCAUGUAUUACCAUGUAUCGACAUGUA